AUGAUACCAUUUGUACAAACAAAUGUACCUCAGUCUAUGUUGUCGUACAGUUGCUCCAAUCCGGUUUACGGUACCACAAACAAUCCACUGGAUAAAGAACGCACUUCUGGUGGCUCAUCCGGUGGAGAGGCAGCGAUUAUUGCUGCUGGUGGUUCAGUGAUAGGUAUCGGCGGAGAUGUAGGUGGUUCGAUAAGAAUCCCUUGUCAUUUUACUGGAAUUGCUGGAAUCAAGAUGUGGCGUGAUGACUGGGCUUCAGUGCAGGAUCCGUAUAUUCCGCCAGUACUGUGGAAUGAAGAGCAGUACAAGGGGGGCAGCACAUACCGUAUCGGAUACUAUGUAGACGAUGGAUGGUUCACUCCGGUUCCUGCUAUACAGAGAGCAGUAUUGGAAGCAAAAAGUCAUCUUGAAGCGGCUGGCCACACUUUAGUACCAUUCCAUCCACCAUCAAUCCCACUCGUAAUGCGUCAUUUCAUCCGUGCGGUGUGUGUUGAUGGAGGUCAAUUCUUGAAGAACAAGUUGUUCAAUGAUAUAAUUGAUCCGACUCUAUUUCCGCAAAUCGGGCUUUUCAUGGUCCCACUUUGGGUACAGCGUAUACUCGCUUACCCUACAAAGUUCAUCUUCCCACGUUUGGCCAAUAUGAUGCAUGCGAUGGCUUUGAACACCGCAGAGCUUCGUGAAACCUACGCAGAUAUUGAAGACUAUCGAGGAGACUUCGUACUUUUAAUGCAAGAAAAGAAGCUGGAUGCUCUUCUAUGUCCGCCUCAGGUAAUAACAGCACCAAAGCAUAACGUACCAGGUAAACUCUUUGCGGCCUGCUGCUACACCGCAGUUUUCAAUCUUCUUGACUUUGCAGCAGGAGUCGUUAAAGUAACAGAAACGACCGCAGAAGAUGACCAAAAGCUGCGUGAGGAGUACCCGGAAACAGAUCCGUGGUAUCGAACGGCCAAAGAAGCUUGCAAGGACAGCAUAGGUUAUCCAGUUAGCGUGCAAGUGGCAGCUCCACCAUACAAGGAAGAAACUGCUUUGCGGAUUCUCCGAGAUAUCGAAAUAGGCGUCAGAGGAAAGUAG